AUGGACCCCACAACGAAUGAAUCAGUGGAUGUGCUACGCAAUAUCGUCAUGGAGGUACAGCCUGAUACGAGCGAGAUCGUAUCACAAGGCAUUGCUCUCGUAUCAUGUACCAUCAUGUGUGCUCUCUUUGGCAUGAAAACAUACAAUGUGCAAUUCAAAUACUUGACCUAUUCUCGAUGGCUGGUCGUCAUGUUAUACAUCAACUCUUGGGCCUUCACCUAUACUGCCGUCGUCUUGUCUUCUACCAAUAAUGAAAAUCAUUUAUCUUGUUUGCUCUCCGAGUUGACAUGUGAUGUGUUUUACGCCGCUACCAAGCUCACGAUUUACUUUUGGUUGAUUGAAAAAGUGUGGGUUGUGUCUGCUGUGCGAAAAUCAAGAUUGAAGACAGGUUCAUACAAGUUCCACCUUGCUUUGAUGGCCCCAUAUGUUAUCAUUUUCGGUCUUAUGCUUAUGUAUCACAUUGCGGAAAUUGAAGAGUCAGGCGUUUGCUGGAUCGGCCUUCAACCUAUUGCCAGUAUCCCCUUGCUCGUCUUCAACUUGUAUAUGACUAUCCUCUUUAUCAAGCCUUUGAUGAAGGUUAGCAAGAGCGUACACAGCGACUGGAAGCAAACACGAUUGCAUGAUGUAGCUCGUCGUACACUUAUUGCAUCGGUUGUAUGCUUGCUCGUAUCAUCCGCCAACAUUCUUGCAUUGACCAUCAUGAACGGCCGUGAGCGUGGUGUUGUUUGCUUGACGUGCUGCACCAUUGAUGUCACUAUUAACGUGAUCACCAUCCACUGGGUUACUUCUAAUCCCACCGGCAAGACAACCAAGGAACAAAUCAACAGCACCUCGAAUCCCAAUGAAACUAUGCAUGGCACAUUUGACAAUGGCCCUGAAAAGAGAAAUGAUUUUGAUGCUAUUGGCAUGGAACAUGAUCCAAGCAACGGCCGCUUUAUUAUGGUAACACCGCAUGAUGAUGAUGGCAAUUCGUCUCCAAGCUCCAGCAUCCAUAAGCACUAA